AUGAGAGCAACAGUAUGGGCUCUUAGAUUCAUUAAACAAACUUGUCAUAAAAAAUUACCAAUGGUGCAAUCUUUAUCACUCGAUCGAAGCAAUAUGACUGCAAAAGAUUAUGAAGUAGCAGAGCAAUUGUUGAUUCGACAAGUACAGUCACAAUGCUUAACAAUGGACGAAAAGGAAAAAUGGAGUUUAUUUAAAAGUACCACUGACAAUUUAUGGAGAUCUUGGAGUAGAUUAGCAAGCCCCAAUGGGACUACACACACGUUAUCUCAAAUUAGACGAAGAUUCUGGAUACCUAAAGAUAGAGCAGCAGUAAAGAGUGUCAUAUCAAAGUAUACGGAUUGUAAGCGUUGGAAAGCAAGACCUUUCAAGCUACCAGCCAUGCCCGCUCUUCCAGAAUCUCGGGUCACAAGAUCAAGAGCAUUCAAAAAUGUGGGCCUUGACUAUCUUGGACCAAUCACCGUUAAAUCAU